AUGACGGAGUUCGCGACUUGCUCAUCGGCCAUCAUAAUUCCUGAGGAGAGAUUGGACGUAAAGGCGAACUGUUUUUGGUUACGUGGAGCUACGACAUUUUUUGACGUAAGAGUGACGCACGUAAACUCAAAAUGUAACCAAGGCCGGCCAACUCAGAUGAUUUUCAAGGAAUAUCUGAACGAAAAGAAGAGGAAAUACCAACAGAGAGUGUCAGGUGUUGAAAUGGGCUCUUUUAAACCCCUUGUUUUCGGGACUAAUGGUGGGAUGGGGAUUGAAUGCCAAAUGUUUCUUAAACAGCUGGCGCAGAAACUGGCAGAAAAAGAUAAUGAACGAUAUGCAGUUGUCAUAGCGUGGUUGAGAACCAGAAUUUCUUUCGAAAUUCUAAGACCAGUAAAUGUGAGUGUCAGGGGGUCUAGAUCACCUUUCUAUAGAAAAGAACUUGAAGUUGUGGACGAUUUUGGACUGAACCGACCAAGGCCGGUGGAGUUUUUUAUUUUUUUUUUCAAAUUUUAG